AUGUCAAUUGAUAAAUCUAAAUUAGUCACUAGAUUGGGAAAAUCUGGUUUGAAAGUUAACACCAUCGCCAUUGGUACUAUGAGAUUAGGAUCUAGCUGGAUGGGAUUCAAUGGUGAUAUUGAUGAAUGUUUAAAAAUUUUGAAAUUCUGUUAUGACAAUGGAUUCCGUACUUUUGAUACCGCAGAUGCUUAUUCCAAUGGUAAAUCUGAAGAAUUGUUAGGAUUGUUUAUUAAAAAGUAUGAUAUCCCACGUGAAAGAAUUGUUAUUUUAACUAAAUGCUAUUUCCCAGUUAAAGAUACUACUGAAGAAGGUAUGGGUGAGGUUGAUGAAGUUGAUUUCAUGAAUGGCAAGGGAUUAAGUAGAAAACAUAUUUUGGCUGCAGCUGAGGCAUCUGUCAAGCGUUUGGGUACCUAUAUUGAUGUCUUACAAAUACAUCGUUUAGAUCGUGACGUUACAUACGAAGAAAUCAUGCAUUCAUUGAAUGACGUUGUUGAAAAAGGGUGGGCAAGAUAUAUUGGUGCUUCCUCAAUGAAGACUUGGGAAUUCAUUGAAUUACAAAAUGUUGCUAAAGCCAAUGGAUGGCAUCAGUUUAUUUCAAUGCAAAGUCAUUAUUCCUUGUUAUAUCGUGAAGAUGACAGAGAGUUAAACGAUUACUGCAAAAAACACGGAAUCGGAUUGAUGCCAUGGUCUCCAAAUGCCGGGGGCGUGUUAUGUCGUCCAUUUGACUCUGACAAGAAUAAAAAAUUUUUUGAAAACAAGCAAUGGGCAAGUAUUUAUGGUUUAGAUAAUGUCAACGACAAUGACAAAGCUAUUGUUAACAGAGUUGAAGAAUUGAGUAUCAAAUAUAAUGUUUCAAUGAUGCAUGUCUCUUUAGCAUGGUGUAUUGCUAAAGGAGUUGUCCCAAUUGCCGGUGUAUCUAAAUUUGAACAAGCUGAAGACUUAGUUGGCAUUUACAAAGUUAAUUUGACUGAAGAAGAUAUCAAAUAUCUUGACGAACCUUACCAUGCUAAGGAUUUGGCACCACUUCUUGAUUAA